AUGUUCGCCGCCGCUAGAACUCAAACUGCAUUUAUCUCGAGACGUUUACUACGUCUUUACUCUAACUUCCCUCUAAGGGUACCUAUUACUCUACCUAAUGGUCAAACUUACGAUCAGCCAACCGGGCUUUUCAUAAAUGGUGAAUUCCGUCCAUCUCAUCAACACAAAACUUUUGAAGUGAUAAACCCAACUACUGAAGAGGAGAUCACUCAUGUGUACGAAGCACGUGAAGAAGAUGUUGAUACCGCUGUCGCAGCAGCUAAGAAGGCAUUCGACAACGGAUGGGGAUUUUCCAAUCCUGAGACUAGAGCCACUGCGUUGUUCAAAUUAGCAGACUUGAUCGAAGAACACUCCGAGACAUUAGCUGCUAUUGAAUCAAUGGAUAACGGUAAAUCAUUGCUAUGUUCGCGUGGUGACGUGGCGUUGGUUGCCAAAUAUAUUCGCUCAUGUGGUGGAUGGACUGAUAAGCUUUACGGUAACGUUAUUGAUACUGGUAAGGAUCAUUUUGCAUACUCUGUUCGUGAACCAUUGGGUGUCUGUGGUCAAAUUAUUCCAUGGAACUUCCCAUUGUUAAUGUGGUCUUGGAAAGUGGGUCCAGCCCUAGCUACUGGGAACACUGUUGUCUUGAAACCUGCUGAAGCUACUCCAUUAUCUGCUCUGUUUGCAUCACAAUUGUGUCAAGAAGCUGGUAUUCCUUCUGGUGUUGUUAACGUGAUUCCAGGUUAUGGUAAGAUUGUGGGUGAAAGACUAUGUAAGCAUCCUGAUGUUAAGAAGAUUGCUUUCACUGGUUCUACUGCUACUGGUCGUCACAUUAUGAAAUCUGCUGCUGAUACUAUUAAGAAAAUUACUUUGGAAUUGGGUGGUAAAUCUCCAAAUAUUGUUUUUGGUGAUGCUGAUUUGGAUAAGGCUGUUCGUAACAUUGCAUUUGGUAUCUUCUUUAACUCUGGUGAAACUUGCUGUGCUGGUUCUAGAGUUUAUGUGCAGGACACCGUUUACGACGAAGUCUUGGAAAAAUUCCAAAAAUACACUGAAGCUCUAACCGUUGGUAAUCCAUUCGAAGAAGGUGUUUUCCAAGGUGCUCAAACUUCUCAAAGCCAAUUGGACAAGAUUUUGAGUUAUGUUAAGGUUGGUACUGAUGAAGGUGCUCGUGUCGUCACUGGUGGUCAAAGACACGGUUCCAAGGGAUUCUUCAUUAAGCCUACUAUUUUUGCCGAUGUUCACGAGAACAUGCAAAUCGUUAGGGAAGAAAUUUUUGGUCCUGUGGUUACCGUAUCUAAGUUCUCUACUGUCGACGAAGUUGUUUCCAUGGCUAACAACUCCGUCUAUGGUCUAGCUGCUGGUAUUCACACUAAGGACGUUAACAAGGCUAUUGAUGUCUCUAACAGAAUUAGGGCUGGUACCAUCUGGAUUAAUACUUACAACGCUUUCCACCAGAGUGUUCCAUUUGGUGGUUAUGGUCAAUCCGGUAUCGGUAGCGAAAUGGGUGCUGCCGCUUUGGAUAACUACACUCAAACCAAGUCUGUCAGAAUGGCCAUCGACAAGCCAUUCUACUAA